AUAACGUGGAUGAUGAGGAACUGUCCGGCAUCACUUUGGUGCCACCGGAUGAACUUCUUCGAGAUGCCCCAUUUGUGCAGACUCAAGAUAAAGAUGAAACCAAUUUAAACCUGUUUGACCUCGAAAAAGAUGUGGAAAAUUCAUAUCUCCAAGAGUUGUCUGUUGAGGUUCGAUAUCUUUGUUCUACACUUCAUUGCUGUUCAUAAUAACAAAAUCUUUUUUGCAUUAAAGACUUUGAACCCGACUAUUGAGAGACUUCUCGGCAUUGAAAAAGGAAUCGCAAGAUACAGAAUUACAUUUUUGCCUGAAUUUCACCUCAAUGAUCCAGUUAAACGGUUGUUUACUGAUAAGGAAUGGAUAGUGAUGGAAUCGAAAUGGAGAAAGAUAGAGGAGGAGAUUGUAAAUUCCCUUCUACCAAUUGAGAGUAACCUCCAAUCACUUUUAAAGAGAUAUGAAAAUGUAAUUUCACAAAAUACUAUUGGAUGUUACAUUGAUUUGAACAAAGUUGAGUCCGCUAUCGGUCAGGUCCCAUUCGAAAAUGAUUAUUUAUUUGCGAGAGAUUGGACUUUGAGAUGGAUUCAACAAGUGUAUACAGCUUUUUUGAUGUGUUUUCAAACACCAAUAAACCCUUUAAUAGAUGCCAAUGCGUCGGAAUAUGCAUAUAGAAGUCGGAUCAUAAAUAGACUGUGGGAGGAAGUUUUUUUGGACGUCAAUGGAGUAAUCUAUAUGAAAACAGGUGAGGUUGAGAAUACAGAUCGAAAGUUUCAGUUGGAAAUAAAAAGAUAUAAGGACAAACGUAAUACAAAUUCUGGUAGUUGGUUCCACGACGCGAUCUUAUCGAUGAAUGUUAGCCAAAGUGAAAUUCAAGUAGCUUUUGGGGAAGUUGUUGGGAACGCAUAUUAUCACGAUGAUGUAAAAAUGAACGGUGAUCGCGAAAAGAUCCUUAAAGAUUCGGCAAUUAUUUCCUGGAGACAGUCCAAAUCUAAAAAAUUUGGAAACGUACGGAAUUCUUGUGUACAAGAGGGAUGUGUUUUUCUACUCUAUGCAUUGGAUCGAUGGGGUUUAUCUGGUUGACCAAUUCGACAAGUUUUUGAUUCCCAAUGCGUCUACACAAUUAAAGAAUUUGUCUGAUAUAAUACGAACAAUGAUCACAUUUAAGAACCGUGUCAUAAGCCUACAACAGAAUAUAGAAUC